UUUAGUUUGCGAACUGGAUGUGUGUGUAUAGAUGUCAUUCGUGGUCAUACAAGAUUUGCGUGUGCUUCUCAAAUCUUGAAAAAGAAACAAAGGAUUUGAGUUGGCAACCAGUGAAUGGCGGACAUUUCUAGACAUUUCUCUUGAUCUUUAAACUAUGUAAUCUAUUGUUCUUCAAAUACGAGAUAUCAAUUUUCAAAAUAGAAAUUUAAAUAGAAAUAAACAUGACUAACGCAAAUGUUAUGUCAGAUUCACAAGAGUCUGCAUUGAUGGAUGAUGAAACGUACAAGGCUAUAGAACAGCAGCUAGGAGGCACCCUGCCACUAGAAACAAUAAACGAGGAACUGCUGCUCCCAGAAGAAAAAGUUGACACGUACAAUAAAGUUUUGCAAUAUACUACAUUAGAAUCUGUGGGAAAAUGCAAAAUAUUGAAAGAGGAAGAGGAAGAUACAUAUUUUCCAGCACCAGAGCUAUUCUCUACGAUGCUUACUGACGAUAUUUUCACUGGACAAUUGAAUUUUCAAUGCAGUUUAGGAACUGGUGGUACUGGUCAGGAUUGGUUGUACUCUGAGACACUGGAGAAAGUCUUUAUCAAAAUGGAGAAAGUUUUACCUAUGCGGUUUACAUGGGAACCACCAAUGUCAGGAACAUUAAUCCGAUUGUGAGUGGAAUGAUAUGAUCUUCGAAUUUGUUUCUAUCGCCUUUAAACAGAGGAGUUGAUCACAAAGACUUAAAAGAUUGUUCACACACAAAUGCAAAGAGAAAUUACUUGCUACAUUGGAAAAGCAAAAGCAUUACAAAAGUAUACCUGAAAGAAGAAUAUGUUACUUCCGUGAUGAAAUAUAUAAAAAGCAUCGUGUCCAAAAGGAAGCGGUAGCGGGAUCCUUGCACUUCCGGAAUAGAAAUGAAUCUGUGGUAGCGGAUGUGUCCUGAUGUGCUCCAGUAACGAGUCAGCCGUCACUAGUUCUCUGCAAGAUUGCGAAAGGGGACAUGUUAAUUGUACACAAGACAUAGAAUCCGUGGAGCCACCCCAAAUUGGCGUUUGCGGCAAACUCAACGACUGUCGACUGUCUGUGUUCGUCGCUGAUGAUUCUUCAAUUCGAGAAGACGAAUCAUUGAUGCAAACUUCGCUAUCCCUCGAUAACUCGCCGGUACUGGCUGAUUUGGUACGAUCGUUCAAGGACAAUCUGUUGGAGUCUGUCGUUUCAUUGAGACUCGCCGUUGCUCCUUCCGAAAUUCCAGAUACUCUGGUAAGAUUAUCCGCGGAGACGGCUUUUUCCCUGCUUCCGAAUAACAAUCUGGCCAACAAGAAUUGCCUCGGUUUCAACAUAGUACAAUUAUUUUUCGAGCGACUUAGGCUCGGGGUUUCUCGCUUUUUACUAUUUUUACCGAACAGUUGCUCGCGUAAAUUACAAUGCUCGGAUGCGAUAGACGUAUUGUUUAACGUCUCGUCAUUAUUCACGUUAAAAGCAUCGCGAAGCACUGCGUGCAAUUUAUCUGCGAGGAGACAUCGGCCUUGGCCCAAACGGACUCUGCAAAUCGGGCAACGAGACGUCUUCGGUCUGCAAAUAACGCACAGGAUGUGACCGUGGACACAUUGCGAGACUGGAGGCGCAGCACUUUCCAAGCAAAUCGGACAUUCUAAGGCACGAACCUAAAAAAUAUAAAAAACGUGAAUAAUUUUCUUUUUGUUUAAAGUUUAUUAUUCUUUAAUGAAAGAAAGAAGAUCACAUUUUUGUAUAACUGUUUGGAAUUUAACAUUGGAUUAAUCUUCUAGACUAAUAAUUAAUUAUAAUAUUAAUCUCUAACAGAUGAGUAAUCUCAUACAAAUGAGAACAAACGGGGAAAAGUUAA